AUGUCGCAUCGAAGGAAAUGAAGUUUUCGUAAUCACUUGUUCGCGUUAUAGGUGAAGAUGUUGUUAGAAUUGUUCUUAUCUGGACUUUGCUUAAAUGCAACUUGCCUGGAUGAGCAAAUUGCAGAUUCAGUUUCUCUGCGAAAGACGAGAAUGGAGAAACUUGCUGCAGAAAUAAAGGGUAAACAUCUCUAUGUUACCACAGUCAUGAACGACAGACUGAGUGGAAUGAACGCUACAGGAGGUACAGGAAUAGCAUUCGAUCUUUUUGAAAUCCUUCGUAAGAAAUUCGAGUUCACGUAUACGGUUAUUUGGCCUCAUCAAAAUACAUAUGGAGAUGAGAAAGAGGGAGUCAUAAAGAUGCUCAUGAAUGGGGAAGUCAACGUUUCGGUUGCCUUCAUGCCCGUCAUCAGUCAUUUUCGAGAAAAAGUACAUUACUCUCCAAGUUUGGACGUAGGAGAAUGGUUGGUGUUGAUGAAACGACCUGCUGAGUCCGCCACUGGAACAGGACUUCUCGCACCUUUUACUUUUCCAGUUUGGAUUCUCAUCUUGGUGUCGCUGUUUGUGGUCGGUCCUAUCAUAUUCAUCAUUGUUCAGAUAAGGGUAAAAUAUUGCUCGGACGAGGAUGAACCUUAUUCAUUUCCAGUUUGCUUUUGGUUCGUUUAUGGGGCGCUUUUGAAGCAGGGUUCCACCUUGAGUCCUGUUGCAGACUCAACAAGGUUACUUUUCGCUACAUGGUGGAUCUUCAUAACAGUUCUAACAGCCUUCUACACUGCUAACCUUACAGCUUUUUUAACUCUCUCAGAUUUUACUUUACCAAUAACUGAACCUGAUAGUAUAGGGAAAAUGAGGCAAAAAUGGGUAACUAAUAAAGGAAACGUCGUUGAAGAAGUUAUUAAAUUAACAUCACUUCCAACUGAAAAAAAAAUCUAUGAGGAAUACGAAGAAGUUAAAACGAAUCUCGGGCCUCGUGCAAGUUAUCCUAACGAAUCGGAUUCUGACAUAAUGAAUACGUAUGUUACCAGGGACGAUAUGAUGUUUAUAAGAGAAAGACCCAUAGUUGAGUAUGACAUUUAUGACGACUAUAAACGGAAGGUGAAGCAUGGGGUGAAAGAAGAAGAAAGAUGUACUUAUGUGUUGACCAAAUUCCAUGUUUUCACAGCAGCUAGGGCUUUCGCAUACAGUCGAGAUUUUAAAUACUAUGAGCUCUUCAACGAUGCAUUGCAACAUUUAGUGGAAGCAGGAGUUAUUAAGUUCAAGUUGAAUGAAGAGCUACCCGGUACUAAACUGUGCCCAAUUCAACUGCAAAGUCAGGACAGAAAAUUGAAAAAUAACGAUCUCUUACUAACUUAUUUCAUAGUUGGUGUUGGACUGAUUGUAUCGAUAGCAGUUUUCAUUGGAGAAUUGGUCAUUACCUACUAUCACAAAGAACACGAUGAGAAAGAUAUUUCCUACGGACAUACUUUAAGAGGAGGCAUAACACCAAUAUACAAGGGUCACUUGGAGUCCAACGUUUUGAACUUCAACAAAACGCCUCCGCCUGCAUACCACACUCUAUUCAGCACGCAAAAUGGCGGGAAAAGAAAAAUCAUCAAUGGAAGGGAAUAUUGGGUUACUGAUGAGAGACGUAAUGGACCGAAACUUAUACCUGCUAGAGCACCAUCUGCAAUGCUAUUUCAAUAUACGAACUGAAUUGUUGCAAAUACGAAUAUAUGGAACCGAUUUCUAACUUAUGCAAUUAAUUAGAAUCUGAGAAUUUUUGCCGGGUAGGGAAGAUGUUGAAAUUCCUUUCACCAUUUUCAGUACCUACAAUGAUUUCCUAUUUUUGAGACCAUCUUCGCAUUAUAUUUCCAAAACUGAUCUGUUCUAUCGCAGAAAGUUUUAACAGAUUGUAUGUUCAGCAGAAUUGUGUUGAUUUCUGUUCGUCAGAGUAUA